AGAUUUCAAUAUUUGGCUUCUCUUCACACAUGUGAUUAUUGGUACCCUGUUGUUGUUCUGACCGUGAUAUCGGAAACGAGCAAUGCCAUACGCAAAUCAGCCAUCAGUUCGUCUUUCAGAGCUUUCUGACGACAACGUCAAGUUUUCAGUCGAAGAUACAGACCUCAGUGUUGCCAAUGCAUUGAGACGUGUGUUCAUUGCUGAAGUAGCUACUAUUGCUAUUGAUUGGAUUCAGAUAGAAGCCAAUUCCUCUGUACUACACGAUGAGUUUAUAUCACACAGAGUGGGUCUUAUUCCACUUACAAGUGAUGAAGUUGUUGACAGAAUGCAAUACUCCAGAGAUUGUACCUGUGAUGAAUUCUGUCCUGAAUGUUCAGUUGAUUUCAUGUUAGAUGUCAAAUGCACAGAUGAUCAAACAAGGCAUGUAACAAGUCGUGAUCUAAUGACAAGUAAUCCAAGAGUGGUUCCGGUGACGUCACGACAUAGAGAUGAUGAAGCUGGAGACUAUGGAGAUAAUGACGAUAUACUUAUUGUGAAACUAAGAAAAGGCCAGGAACUGAAGUUAAAAGCAUAUGGCAGGAAAGGUUUUGCAAAGGAACAUGCCAAGUGGAAUCCUACAGCGGGUGUAUCAUUUGAGUACGAUCCUGACAAUACAUUUCGUCAUACAGUGUAUCCGAAGCCAGAGGAAUGGCCAAAGAGUGAAUACAGUGAAUUAGAUGAUGAUCAGUACCAAGCACCGUAUGAUGCUAUGGGGAAACCAAACAAGUUUUAUUUGAAUGUGGAAUCCUGUGGUGCACUAAGACCAGAAAACAUUGUUCUCUCUGGUUUGGCUGUUCUCAAGAAAAAGUUGAGUGAUCUCCAAACACAGCACAGUCAUGAGAUGCAAAGUGAUGUUCUUACCAUUACAUAAAACUCCAGUGUGAAAAUGUUUGUCCAGGAAUGUGAACUAUUGUCUAAAUUAUGCAUUAAUUAAUUGUGCAGAUUUUGUGCAGUGUUUAUCAACUUUACUCUACCAUGAAUGAUUGGUGUAAUCAAUGUGACAUCUUAAAGGAUGCUGCACUGACUUUAAAUUCAGAAACCAAGAUGGCGUUUGGUGUGUACAGCCAAUACUGGUACCAAGACCAAUAACCAAAGCAGUGUACAUUCACAGAUCAAUCAGCCUGCAAAGCAAUACCAAUAUAGUAUUUGUUCUAUUAGUAGUUUAUAAAUAGAAGAAUAAUUUAUUUGACACAAAAUGAAAUACAUGUCAUAUAACAUCUAAGAUCAAUUACAUAAACAACGAAAGAAAACAAAAAAAUGUACAAUACACAGAAAGAUUAAUUACAUAAAUGACAGAGGUAUGUCUAUGACAGCAAGUCAUAUUUUAACAAUCCCAUAUACAAUACAUAUGCUUGCAAUAGAGCAAAUAAAGUAAUGUGGAUUUUCAGUUAAAUUCAUUCAAAAAAAGAAUGUCAAGUUGAUACAUUGUGCACAAUGAUUUGUCUCAGGGUUUUUUUAUUAAAGGAAUUUUACAAUUCUAAAUAAACACUGAACACAAAGUAAUAUCAAUGAUAAACAACAGUUAGCAAGGCAGUUGGUGGACUUGGCAUUUUCACUUCAGUUUCACUGCACAAGCUUUAGUGUGGUAUAUCAAAUGCAUUAAUUUUUGACUAGGUUACCUAAAAGUAAAAUCUGCUGAAUUAAAUCUCAUGAACAUGUAAAAUAAUAAUAGAACUUAUUAAAAUGUUGUUCAACAAUUUUUUUAGAUUUUGCACACCAUGGAAUGCACAAUUUGUGAAAAGUGGUGCAUCUUCAAACCAUUGUACUCUUUGAUGGCAAUGCAUUACUGUGGCAUAAAUUAGUGUAAGGGACACUAUUCACAGCAGAUUGUAGAGACAUUGUAAAUGUUGAAUUACUAAAUCAAACACAGUUGUUAUUUUUGAUCUACAUUACUGUACAUUUUUUUCAAUAUCAUUUUGAUGUCUCAGAGAACUUUGCUGGAGGGGUGUGUCUUUCUUUAUGUUAUUGGUAAUCACAAAUGUUUGUCCUUGAGUUGAAGUAUUUUUUGUUUCAAUGCAUCGACAUGUGGUUGAUAGUAAUCUCUAACUUGUUGAACACUCAGUUCUUUGAUUUCUUGCAUUGUGUACUGUGACAAAGGGAAAUAAAACACUUGUGUGAUUGUCUUUGUAUUGGAGAAGUUCUAUUAACAAUGAAUGGAAUACAGAAGUGACCCAAAUAAAUUUUCUAUUUGUAUAUAGUAAAUAUUUAUCUGUGUACUCACUGUAAUUAAACUAGCCUGCCUU